AUGACGGUGCAGCGGGCUCCGGAGGCGGUGGGGGGAUGCGGGAGGAUGGGCCCGAGGCGGGCCGGCAUGGUGCCGCCCCCGGAGGAGCCGCCCCCGCGGAGGCAGCAGCGCGGCUGGCGGGUGCUGGCCGAGCGGAACCAGAGCGUGGCGGCCGUGGGCGCCUGGGUGGAGAGCGCGCCCGGGCGGCAGAGCCCGGCCUUUGCCUCGGCGUCCCGGGUGGAGGAGGAGCUGCAGGAGCAGCAGCGGAGGAAGGCAGCCAGCCUGAGGAGAUUCCAGGGCGAGGUGAGGCAGCGGGUGAACCGGCAGGCCAGGCUGCGCCGCAGGCUCGAGCUGCAGAAGGCCUACGAAGCUGUGGAAAGGGAGAGCUGUGCUGCUGUGCAGUACUCGACCCCCUGGAAGAACACGUGCCUGUUCCAGAGCCUCCCUGCUCCCAUCAUCUGUGCCCCCAGCGCUGGCUCUGGCCCAGCCCAGCCACAGGAGGAGCAUGGGGAGCCCUUCCAGCAGCAAGCUGCCGAGCUCAGCAGGGCUGUGCAGCAGGUGCGCCGCAGGCUGGCCUCCCGCAGGAUCCUGGCCCGGCAGCAGGACCCAGACCCUUGCCUGGCCAUGGAGGAGGGUGAGGAGCUGCUGCUGGCAGGACACCACGAUCUGCCUGCUGAGCUGCUGGAGCAGGGCACAGCUGCACGUGGCACUGAGCAGGAUGAUGACUUCUACAUCAAAAUUCAGUUUGAAAAAGUCUGUGGUGGGUCACUGAAGGACUCCAGCCUGCCUGGGCCUCCUGGGAGGCCACACAGUGAAUGCCAACCUCCCCUCAAACUCUGGGCUGGUGUUGACCAAGAGGAAACCAGGAAGCAGCGGCAGAGCGAGUUCCUGCGGUGCCGGCGCCUCUGCAUGGCCCUGGAGCGCGAGCGCGCGCGGCAGCACCGGCGGCAGCACCAGCGGCAGCAGAGAGUCGCCCGGAUUAAGAGGCAGAAGGAGAAUCAGCGCCGGGCAGAGGAGCAGAGGAUGCAAGACAUGGCUGAGCAGAGAGAGCCCUCCCCAGGAGAGGCAACCUGGGAAGCCCUGGCCCAGCUCCAGCUGGAGGAGAGGAGAGUGAGGGACAGACAGCAGCGGGAUAAGGAGCACAGGAGGUAUGUUGAAGCUCUGAGAGCCCAGAUGAGGGAGAAAGUCAAACUCUGUAACAUUGACUUGCCCCCACUGUGUUCCUGUGGGUCUGAUUUCUGGGAUUCCCACCCGGACACCUGUGCCAAUAACUGCGUCUUCUACAAAAAUCACAAAGCCUACAGCCAGGCGCUGCACUCGGUGAUCUCCUGCUGUGCCCACGCAGCCACGCGCUCUCUCCAGGACGUGGCUGCUCUCUGCGCUCGCUCGGGGAAGCGCCUGUGACCCAGGAGCUCCGUGUCCCAGCACCGGGGCUGUGCCGUGUCCUGCCUGCCCCUCCACGCCAGCUGCCAGGACGGUGUCACCUUGGUGUCACCUUUGUUCUCCCGGCUUGUGCUGUGCCUCUCCCACUCUGCCCCAGGGGUGCAGCUGGCCGGGGCGAUGGUCGAGGUGAAGGAAGCAAUUGCUCUGUGGAGUUGGUUUAUGGCAGGCACUUGCAUUCCAGUAGCUGACUGUUGACUAGAUAUUCUUAUUGACUAAUCAUUAUUGUGGAAUAAACUGCUUUCAAAGA